UGUCAGGUUACUAACGAGAAACGACUGUGCGCGGACACGGCAGUGGCUUCGUUGGAACGAGGGGCUUUAAACUUGCCCUCAAUGACCCUGUGGCCCAUUGCCCAGGGAAAACUGAGAGUCAGACACAAACAACCAUGCCGCUGGGGAAAAAAGUGCGGCCAAGUUCUGCCGCAGGGAAGUUGGAAACUUUUGCCAUAAGCAGCAUUUUUCAAGACAUCAGAUCUGACGCAGUCAAGCCUACAAUACCCAGAAUUAAAUCUUCACAAGCGCGGGCAAAGACAUCAAUUCCAGGAACCAGACGAGGCUUGACUCCCAUUGGGUGGCGUUCACAGGUUGAACAAGAGGAGCAUCCUGAGUGGUUAGAGUGGGAGCUAAUUAAACAACGCAGCAGAAGGCACUCGGUGGGACUUUUCCAGAAUGUGGCAACAAGCGACAAUAUUCAAAAGUUUGGAGACACACUAAAAAGCUUGAGAAAGGGCAAGAUUGAACAGCAAGUCUCCCUGGAACACCUGAAGAGUAUGCAGGCUGCCUUUGAGGAGUUUGAAAAUGCUGGAAGGAAAUACUUAGAUGUGGAAGCAUUCAAGAAAAUAAUGAAGAAGUGCCUGGCAUUCCAUGGAGUACAUGAUCAAAUUGGAGAACUAUUCAGAAAGAUUGAUUAUUCUGCAAGUGGUCAGAUUGAUUGGGAUGAAUUCUGUACUUACAUGCAACUGAAGUAUAAGAAGAUUGAAGAAUCCAACUCACAAUCAAAACAUACCUCAUUCGCCCUUCCUGCAAUGAUCAGAGAGUUUUCUCAUGCAGAGCAGAUCCUACGUAUUUGCUACACUCCUGAUGAUACUUUCAUCAUGAUGCGAGAGGAUGGAAUCAUUUCCUUCUGGUCAGCUGAGCUAAAGCUGAAACGAACCAGGAGACUCUUUGAGAGGCCCACUGGCCGAAAACCUAAAUGGAUAACUGACUUCACCAUCAUGUCGCAAUAUAACAAGUUCAUCCUGAGUACUGGUGAUCGGGAAAUUCAGAUUUAUGAGCUGUCUACCUUGGAGCCAUAUUGUCAGAUUACUGGUUUGGAAACAGGACCAUUACAGCUUGACUACUGCUCCACAGGUGAAGAUGACUGUAUGAUUCUAUAUGGAGAUGAUCAGGGCUGUGUAAAUAUUUUGCUCCUAACAUCAGUAGGAGAGACAUUGAGAACAUGGAAGAAGUGGCCCAAGGUGGAUAAUUUUCCCACUAUCAGCAUUGAAAACUCUUCCCUGUCACCAAACGUCACUUGCAUUCGAUGGAAGGUACAUGAAGACUGGGUAACACAGAUGAAGUAUUAUGAUGCAAUCGGGUCAAUUAUAUCUUCCUCAAAUCAUGAAGCUACAGCAUUGGUUAUAGGUUGCACUACUGGAACCACCAACGUGGAAAAACAGAUGAAGGGAUUGAAGGAAUGCUGGAGAGAGGGAAGAGGCAUAAAGAGUCAUAGUGCUCCUGGCAUUCCUCAGAAGAGGCUUGAGUGUGAUCAGUCUGUAUUCCGUGUUCACAAAGGUGUAAAAACAUUUGACUUCUGUAAAAAGAACAACCUGAUUGUAACGGGUGGAAUUGACAGAAUUGUGCGUAUGUGGAACCCCUAUAUUCCUGGGAAACCCACUGGCUUGUUGAGAGGCCACAGUGCUCCAAUUUUCUAUCUAUACAUCUCCACUGAUGACAAUAAGCUGUUUUCUGUCUCCACUGACAACACUGUGAAGAUCUGGGAUAUUGAGGACCAAAAUUGCUUGUUCACAGCCAAUUCAAAAGCCAGUCAAAUUAAAGGAGAUGUAUCUGCAUGUCACUAUGUACCAGGGCUCAAAGGACUUUGCAUCGCUGCAGAUGGUGUUGCGCUGCUCCAUCUAAGGACAGAUCAGAGAGGAUUGAUUGGCGACUGGGCUGGAGUGGAGAAGGUUUUGGAUUUGCUGAAGGAAAGACCUCAGUCUAAGCCAAACCGCACUUGUUCCCAUAAUGAGCCAGCUCUCUGCUGUAAGUACAGUCACGAGUUCCGGCAGGUCAUCAGUUGUUCAGAAGGAUCUGUGAUCAAAGUCUGGGACCUUGAUACAGGAAAGCUUAUAUUUGAAUUUAGUGGAGCGCAUGGUGAUUCUGCUAUUUGCUGCAUGACAUUUGAUGACAGUGGAAGGAGACUUAUUACAGGAGGAAGAGAUGGAUGCUUGAAGAUCUGGAAUCAUAAUAAUGGCCACUGUUUAAGAAUAUUAAAGAAAGAGAACAGAUGUGAUGAAAUCUGUGACUGCAUCUAUGUGGAGAUGCACAAAAAUAAAUAUGUGCUUGCUGUUGGAUGGGACAGAAGAAUAAAUAUAUACUGUGAUUCCUUUGGUGACCACCAUCAUACACAGCCUCCUGAGCCACAUUGGCAGGAUGAUCUGAAACGAGGACACAAGGAUGACAUUCUAUGUAUAGCCCAGUGUCCGCCCACUCUGCUUGCCACUUCCAGCUAUGAUGGGGAAAUAAUAGUGUGGAACAUGAUCUCAGGACAUAUCUAUUGUCAUCUACAGAUCCCCCCAACAACAGUGUGCAGAGCUGGAGAAGCAGUGGAUAAGAGUGUAAACAAAGUCACAUUCUUGAAGACCCGUGUGCUGAAGGCUGAUUUAGGAGCUUCACUUGUUGCUACUGGAUCCCAAGGUUUGCUUGCAUUCUGGAAUCUCUUUCAUGGUGGACAACUGUUUAGUACUUUUACUGCAUCCAAAGUGAAAUCUCAGAUAAGCAGCCUGGCUGUGUCAGCUGAUGACUCUUUGCUUUUUGCAGCAGAUUAUGUUGGAUAUAUUUAUGUGUAUAGUAUGAAGGACUUUGCAAUUCAUGGACCAGAAGUAGAUCCACCGAAACUUGUUAACUACUGGAGAGCCCAUAUUAGUGCUGUUACUUGCAUCGAGCUAAUAGAAGAACAGAAGUUGAUGGUGACAUCUUCUGUUGAGGGUACUGUCCGACUGUGGAGCAUGGAUGGAGAGUUUAUUGGUACAUUUGGGCAGCUGGAGCCCUGGGAAAUCCAUGCACCAGCAUCUUGGAAGCACCCAAUGGUUCCCUAUGAAAUUCUGAUUGACCCACUCAGCAUGCCUAUUCACCCAGUGUUGGAGGAAGAAACAUCCUUUAUACAGCUCAGCAAUUUUGAAAAAAAUGAAGAAAUCAUAGAAGAUACAGAAUCAAAGGAUCUUCAGCACAAAUUUUCAAAGUCGAUAAUUUCUGAUGAUGCUAUCAAUGAAGAAAUAAGAAAGAAGACCUUCCAGAACAAUCUUGGAAAAAGACUUCGACAUGAAAGAUAUCAGAGCUUGAAUAAGCCACUAAACCAUGGAGGGCCGGAUGCUUACCAUACCCUGAAGUAUUUUGAAAUUGCUAAUGCCCCAAAUAAGUGUGAAAAACCAGACUUAUCAGCAGCAGACACAGAUCCAUAUGCCACCCUUUUCUUGAAAGAAAGUACCUGUAAGCCUGAACCUGAGGAAUUGUUAGCAAUAUGAAUUUUUUCUGCAUCUUGUUCAUUACCCAAAGCUAUAAUUGCUGUGCACAAUCAUGUAGUGUUGGCUGUACAAGACGUGUGGCUGCUAAUUGGUUUCUUUGCAGUUUCCCCAUAUCUUCCUAAGCCUCUUCUGUUUUUAUUUCUCCUCCUCCCUUUUGCAAUUUCCACCUCCCUGUUACCAUACCCUAAUCAACAUUCUUAUGUUACCAAAUCCUUCCACUGCUGUUGUCUCAGCUCAGCUACUUCCUGGAUAUAUCUGCAUGACUCCCUUUGGUUGAAUUCUAGUAUCUUCCACUGGACCCAUCAUGGCAUGCAUCAUAUGUCUAUUAGCUCAUUGUUUCUCAGUGCAUUUUUAACUUGUUAAGUCUUAACCUCUAUCAUCCUUUUCUACUCUCCAACAUUUCUCAGUCCUGCUCUCUAAUGGAUCCCCAAACUUCGUUCAUUCUGGUGCUUCACAAAAUGUUUUCCACCUUGCAUACUCCAGAUCAGUCAGCUGCAUCUCCUUGCUGCAUAACUCACUGACAUAAUGUUACAUCCAAUACAUCCAAACUGUUCGACCUAUAUACAGACCAUCUGGGUCUAUACUCAAUGGAAUUUAGAAGGAUGAGGGGGUAUCUAAUGGAAUAUUAAAGAAGACCAAACAGCCUGGACAGAAUGGAAGUAGGGAAGAUGUUUCCAUUAGCAGGAGAGACUAGGACCUGAGGGCACAGUU